CAGUGUUGCCGACGCCAUUGUCCUUGGACCUUCUCUCCCAUCGUUCUUCAUCAUCUCCACGACGAACCAUGUCUUCCAGGACGCCACCGUCGUCUAUGUACUCGUCGUCAGUACACCCAUCUCCCGUACGGCCUGGUAUCCCUUCCGCUUCAUCUUCCACGACCAGUCUCCAGGCCUCAUCCUCAACCAAUACGCUCCCAUCUGCCCCUGGUGUUGUUACUGUCGAAGCCUUCCUGGCACAGCAUUCUGCGGCUUUCGAUCCGAAGCUCGCUGCGCUUGAACAGUCGUUAAGUGAACGCAAUACUCUGUCACUGCAAAACGCCCAGCUCUGGAAGCUCAUUGAGAAACAACGCUCGGGGUACAAUCAAAUCCUGAAGGAGCUGGAGCGCGUUCGGAGCGAGCGGGAUGGGUACAAAAGCAGGUUAGCCGCUGCUCACAGUUCCUCUCACAGCGACCGGCGACAUCGAAACCAUGACAGAACCCAGCAGCCUGUCCCAGCCCCGUCGGAAAGCCCUGUUCCUUCCAGCGAAAGUGGGUCGCUGAAUGAAGAACGCGCCCCCACUACAAGACAUGGUACACCCAGACAUCGUUCCGACGAGCAAGCGACACCACGACUGCCAACCCAUCUCCUUCACCCCAUGAGCUCCCAAGAGCCCAUAUCUCUCAAUCGGUCGCCCUUUGCCGAUUCUCAGUCUGUGUCGCAGUUCUCUGUGCAUACAGGACCAUCAUCUCUUCCCCCACUGGUCGUCCCUCCACGAUCAGAAUCUCUUCCUGUGCCCACCAUAUCAGCUACCCAGGAGACAGCACUUUUGCAGCAGCAGCCUCACCAUGUAUACUCGGAUUCAGUUGUUAGCAGCAAUGCCCAUUCUCUCAAUUCGACUACGAGUACACCGAGCCGGCCUCAGGUCUAUACCCGCAAAUCUAGUAUCACUGAGAGUAUAUCAAGUGUCAGUACGGCUGGUAAUGGCGCACCACUUUCGCUGAUACCCCCACCUCAGCAGAGCUCUCAUUCACCUUCGUAUCACGCUGGGUUUACACCACAAACGGCCUCCUCCGGUUUCAUAUCUACACCAAUACACACGCACCCAGCCCAACAGCCGAGUAUAACCAUAUAUAAUUCCCCGACUACCCCCGUGCCACUACCUCCUCAGCCUCAGCCGGGUUGUUCCUCUGUGCUUUCUGUCGAUGCACGGCAACUUUCACGAGAAUCUCGUAUCACUCUUCCGGAUGAAGCGAGAAAUUACAUCGCAAAUAUGGUGGACUCUCCCGUUCCGAGUCCAAGAAUGAAUGAUACUUUCACUGCUGCAAGGUCUUCUCUGGCUGCAAGUGCCAGUGGCGGUGCAACGCCAGAUACCCAAAAGAAAAACGAGUUUCUUGACAUGGAUGAGGAGGAUCCUCCGGAUGAAGACGAAGAAGAGGAGGAUACAGACGAAAGGGAAGUGCACGGCGCAGUUGAGCCGGAAAACCCGGGCUUUACUCCGGUCCAAGCGACAUCUCCGACGUCACCACAUGGCCGGAAAAACAAGCCUCGAGCAGUUGCUGAAGACUUUCCACUACCACCAUCGGAUACCAACUCGCAGAAUCAGGCGCAUGCUGUUGCCCAGGCGCGUGCCGCAGCAGCACUUUCGCCUCCACAGCGUCCCGGUGGCUAUUAUCCUGAUCCUGACCAAAUAGAGCCACUACAACAAGAUAUGCGUGAGACGCCCAAUGUACCUGCGUUCCGUGCCCUUCCCUUACUCUCCUCCGAUCUUCCUCGCACAACAAUCAAUGUGUCGCAUUCCUUUGUUAGACCAAAUGACCGUGGCAAGGAAGUUCUUUCAUUCGUGGUGGAAGUUAACCCUGGCAACGGCAAGGACGGAUGGAAGGUGGAGAAGAUGUACGCGGACGUUCUGAACCUAGAUCAGAGGGUGCGAAGCAGCGUCGGGAAAGGCGUUGGUAAGAAGAUUGCGAGCUUACCGGAGGGUAAGCUCUGGAAAGACCAUGCCCCGGCUAAAGUCGACCAGCGAAAGGCCGUCCUUCAAAACUAUCUUCAAACCCUGAUCAAACUACCGGUGAAGAAUAACGACGAAGUGAUCGCGUUCUUCACGUCUGACAUCAUGCGCGAGAUGAAUCAGCCUGUUAUGCAAGCCGGACACAAAGAAGGAUAUCUGACUAAACGCGGCAAGAACUUUGGCGGAUGGAAAACCCGGUACUUUGUCCUGCAGGGUCCUGUACUGGAAUAUUAUGAUUGUCGCGGUGGAGCACAUCUGGGCUCAAUAACCGUCACAGGAGCCCAAAUUGGUCGACAACAGCGGACGGAACGGCCUACAACUACGGAUGAAGAAAAAGAGUACCGGCACGCGUUUCUCAUUGUCGAAGCCAAAAAGGGCCAGGGGGGAAAUCAUCCACGGCACGUCCUGUGCGCAGAAAGUGAUGCCGAUCGUGACAGUUGGGUUGAGAUGCUGGUGCGCUACUUUUCUGGGACAUACAGCGAAGAAGCAAUACCAUAUUCCUCGAGUUCCUCGAGUUCGGGACCGUACACAAACGGCACCACGUCAGCGACCCUGAGUGAAGGGACAUCUGCAUCGAUAUCUACGCCGGUGACUGUGCGGCGGCCUGUGCGAGGCGUGUCGAAGGACGACAUAUCUGUUUCCAAACAGGCUGCAGUGCCGAUCUCUCGACUUGCGCCGGACGCCACUAACGCGAAGCUCUUUUCAGGUCCGGUGUUGCCGGACGAAUACAGCACUAUCACGCGAUCCUCGAGUCCGUCGAAAUCUGUUCAGGAAGCAUCUCCUACUGAGCGGUAUCCCGGGCCAGCUAUGUCGGAUGCGCAGAAUGCGCGUCGCAUUCUGGAACGAGGACAGGCCCUCGCAUCAAGUUUACCUGAUUCGUCCCCUCUGACAAGUGCCAAUGGGGCUAGUGGGACGGAUCGCUCGCAGUCUGAGUUGGGACACUAUUCAGACGUGCCUCGAGCGACGCGCUCUCCCGAACGCCAUCGCGAGCGAGACCACAAGUCGUUGCAUCCGUCGCCUACGCCUGACCGCGACAGGGCUCCUUCGCCUGAUGGGAAAGUGAAGAUAUCUGGGCCGUUGAAUGGAGCGCCGAUUCCAGCUGGGUACAAGUUUGGAUCCGGGAGGGAUCCGCAGGGCGAGUCGGGGAGUGAUCGACGAGAGAAGGCCAAGUCGAGGGGCUUCUGGGGUUUUGGGAGGCCGAAUGGUGCGGAGAAGCCGCCUUUACCGCGACCGGUCUUUGGAGUGACUUUGGAAGAGUCACUGGAAGUUUCGUCAGUAGCGCAUCUUCCUUCGAUUGUCUUCCGCGCGAUACAGUACUUGGAAGCGAAAAACGCAGAACAGGAGGAGGGCAUCUAUCGCCUUAGUGGAAGCUCUGCUGUGAUCAAGAAUCUUAAGGACAUGUUUAAUGCAGAGGGUGACAUCGAUUUGUUGGCUUCGGACGAGUACUGGGAUCCGCACGCAAUUGCAGGGCUUUUGAAAAGCUUCCUCCGAGAGCUUCCUGCGAGUAUACUUACACGGGAGCUACAUUUGGACUUCCUUGCGGUUAUGGAACGCGAUGACCCGCAGGAACGGGUUCGGACGCUGUCGCACCUAAUCGCAUCGCUGCCAAUAGCCAACUAUAGCCUCUUGCGAGCCCUAACUGCGCACCUCAUCUUGAUUGUGCAGAACUCUGCAGUGAACAAGAUGUCGAUGCGGAAUGUAGGGAUCGUGUUUAGCCCGACAUUAGGCAUCCCUGCUGGGGUGUUUAGCUUGAUGCUCGGCGAAUUUAAUCAGGUGUUCAAUGUGGGUGAUGUUGAGGAGGAGCUGGGGGAGCUAGAGGUAGAUACGCGACGGAACAGUCGGCAAUACACUGAUGGAGCUGCCGACGAGUUGCUGGGAUUGGCUGGGCGGACGCUGUCGGCACCAGCGGAGAGCGAUGGGGAAUAUUCGUCGUCGGUGGCAGACGAUACGGACGGGGAGAGUGCGGUUUCGGGACCUGACGCUGGGACGCCGCCUGAUACACCUCGACUGAGCAAGGCUGCGGGAGUAGCUGCGACGCGUGGGCUGAAUGUUGCAGUGAGUGAGAGGGGAAAUCGGUACUCUCGAAUUGUCGGGAGUGCCCGGGCGCCUCCAAGUCCUGCGCCAUCUGGCUCGCCUAUACCGUUGUGAUUUGCAUUCUUUUUGGCUCAUCUUGAACAUUGUCAUCUAUAGCAUUUUCGAUUGUUGUGUUUAUUCUAUACCCUGUGCGAUGUGGAACGUGUAUUUUGUGUCACAUGACCAAGCAUAAAUGAAUUUUUUAAGCGCUGGCCAG